AUGGACGGGUUGAUCGAGCGGUACCCUGCUGGGUACAUUGAGAUCAUGGGUAGCGUCUCCGUGCAGCUGGUGUACAUGGUCGUCGGACUAUUCAUGGAGUGGCUGCGGCCCCCAUACACCAGCGCGACGUCCCGCAAGAUGCUGACGCAGAGCCUCUGGAACCACGUCGUGGCGACCAUGACCCACGUCGCCUUCGUCGUGUUCUCGGGCGGCCGGUCGAUGCUGACGCGGACCUUUGUCCGGCCGUACAGCCCGCCAUCCUGGGCCGAGCUCGCGAGGGACCUCGCCGUCGGCCUCCUGCUGCGGGACGUCGUAUUCUACGUCGUCCACAGGCUGUGGCACGCCCCGGGGGUGUACGAGCGGGUGCACGCGAAGCACCACGAGAUCCGGCACCCGGGCAACCACCACGUGUGGACCAUCAGCUACAUGUCGACGGUCGAUUUCAUGCUCCUGUACGGCGUCCCCGUGGUGGGGAUAGCCAAGCUGCUGGAGAUGAACAUCGUCACGACGCUGGCCUUCUCUUUCGUCUCCGCCGUCGGGGAGCAGUUCAAGCUGAUGUGGGGGGACGAGGCGCACGACGAGCACCACCUGAACUUGGCGCCCAACUACGGCGUCUACGGUCUCAUGGACACCAUCUGCGGAGCGGCGAUCCCAGGAACAGGGCUAGCUCGGAAGAGUCCCAAAGGAGAGUGA